GUAAAUCCAUCAAAUAAUAAACCCUAAAGUGGCUUCAUAUAUUAAGAUAGAUUUUUAGGAUUUAAUUCAUUUUUCAGUGUCGCCGCAAAGAAGAGGGAGAAAGCAAAACAGGCUUGAGAAACUCUUUCCUGCAACAUGACUUUCAAGCGCAGGAACGGUGGUAGGAACAAGCACAACCGUGGUCACGUGAACCCAAUCAGGUGUUCCAACUGCGGGAAAUGCUGUCCUAAGGAUAAGGCGAUUAAGAGAUUCAUCGUCAGGAACAUCGUUGAGCAAGCUGCCAUCAGAGAUGUUCAAGAAGCUAGUGUCUACGAUGGUUACACUCUCCCAAAGUUGUACGCCAAGACGCAGUACUGUGUUUCGUGUGCUAUCCACUCUCACGUUGUGAGAGUUCGAUCCCGCACCAACCGUAGAGUUCGUACCCCUCCUCCCCGUUUUGUGAGACGCAAGGAGGAUGCUCCCAAGCCUGGACAGCCUGGCCAGGCUCCUCGCCCUGCUGGUGGUGCUCCAGCUGCUCCUCGUACCUGAAGACUGCAAGAAGCUGGCUAUCAAAAACUUUCUAUAUUAUAGUCUCAGUCUUGUCUAGAGUUUUUGAAGAUUUUUUUGGUGUUUGGUUAAAGAUAAUUUUGAAUGCUUUAAGACUUUUUUUAUUUUUGACAUUGGAAUUUCCUCCCUGUUCUAUUCAAUUUUUGUGCGUCUUA